ACCAUGAGACACAGGACAGAGACACGCUACGAGGAAGUCGAAGAUGGCCGAUAAUUAAAUCGUCGGGCUCGCUGCUGGUUGAGUUACAGCAAUAUGUUAAAUGUUUUCUUGGAGGUUCAGAGUGUGCCGAUAUAAAUUAUUCCGAUAGCGGAUUUCAGCGGUGGUUGAUUUUGAAACCAAUACGAUGCCAAUCCCAAUCGUUCUCAUUGUAUGACCUCAAAACCAUCCAUUCGAAGUUUGUUUGUUUGUUUAUUUGUUUGUUUACCUGCGGUGGUUGAUUUUGAAACCAAUAUGAUGCCAAUCCCACGAAUUCUCAUCGUAUGACCUCAAAACCAUCCAUUCGAAGUUUGUUUAUUUGUUUUUUGUUAUCGGUUUAAAAGUCUAACCUACAAGAUUUCAAAAGAGAGUUUGUAUUUUCUGUCAAGAACUUGAUAGCAGCUCGUGAUGGCUAGAGUGGUUCUCACUACUUGGACUAAUAUAAUGUAUAAAGCCUGUCCUAGUAAUCAUUUCCAGUGUGAAGACCUGUACAAAUGUGUCUACCAAGGUUCCAAGUGUGACGGCUUCAGGGAUUGCUGGGAUGGUAGUGACGAGGUGAACUGUGUAUGUGACCCAGAUGACCAGUUUGAAUGUACCAGUGGUCGAUGUAUCCCCAUCACCUGGCGAUGUGAUGGCGACAACGACUGCGGCGAUUUGUCGGAUGAAUUGACAUGUCCGACUCUACAUCCCGACGUAUGUGCGAACGUCCUCUCUGUGUUAGCUUGUGCCCUGAUGAACGAGACUGCACGCCCCAUGUGCAGCAAUUACCGUGACGCCCACAAGUAUUGUAGACAGUUCUGUAGCUUUUGCAACGAUCUUGCGUUAAUUCUUGUGUAGUCGGUGCAAGAUAAAUUUAGCACAAUGUAUUAAAAACAAAACUGCAAAUAAAUGUAUAAACAUAUUUUGUAGCCUACAUUGUAGACUUAUUUCAAAAUAAAAACAAUCAAACGAAUUACAUUAACGAGACUUUCCAUUUAUCGAUCGGAA